AUCAUCUUCCCGCGACCGCAUUUACACAACUUUCAGCACUGGUGGUAGCGACAUGACUUUUCAGAGAGGUUGAUUUUAAGUAUUUAGUUUGUCCGUUUAGUUCGCAAAACUCUAUAGUGUCACUAUGAUUUCGAUUUCAAGAUUUGCUCUCAGGUGCCAUAGCAACGCCUGUAGGCAAGUGGCCAGGACAUUGACCACACAGACUGACGGCGAAGUAAGAAUCGCAAGUGUAUUAAAAGAGAAAUUUCCUCAAGCUGCGUCUCUGAGGGUUGUAGAUAUAUCCGGUGGCUGCGGAGCUAUGUAUGAAGUCCAUAUAGAAUCUGAUGAAUUCAAAGGUAAAAGAACAGUACAGCAACACCAGCUUGUGAAUCAGGCACUAAAGGAUGAGAUCCAAGCCAUGCAUGGUCUUCGAAUAUUCACCGGUAUCCCGGGAAAGUAGAAACCAGUUUUUUAUUUUGAACUCCAAAACAUGUUUUUGAUUGAAGAUUUCACAGAAAGCGCCAGAAGGAGAUAUUUAUGAUUCAACCCACAAUGUUGUUUCCUGUCCUUCUCUCCUUGAAGACUCAGCAGAGGGUUUCUGUUAAUACGCAUACCUGAAAAAUAUAAUUUAUUUCAUUUUAUGUAAGUAAGUCAGAUAUUAUUACACCAGUUAUACCAUGUGAAGAAAACUCCAGAGAACAAAACAAUGUAUUGAUAGCUUGAAAAAGGACGGAAUAGUAUUUCACUCUGCAUGUCUUAUUCGUGUGUCUCAGGCUUUUUUUUUUUCAUAAUAAUUUUUUGUUGUUGUAUGCGAUACAGUGAACUAUUUAGGAAAUGAAAGUGACAUAUAACGCUAUUAUACGCACAAUGUCUAUGCCAAGAAUGUAUGCUGUCAUUUAGUGUCAGUUUCCAAAGCACUCAAAUAAUAAGCAAAGCAAAUACAUGUUCCUCACCACUGGCCCAUAAGCAUCAUUCUUCGAGUCCUUCCAUAUUGGCCUUUCCCUUAAACCAUGAAAGAAUGUUGUGCUUUUGCAGCACUUGUUCAGAUCUCUCUAUGAACCGUUACAGUCAUUCACUCAAACAGUAACAGCUACAAAGAUUGUACCCUGUCAUCAAUAUAAGAUAAUAUUACGCCCCCCCCCCCCCCCAAAACACACAUAGGAUGCGUUUUCUGUAAAAGCGCCGACAAAACAAUUGAUGACCCAAAAGCUUAAAAAUGUACUGUGAUAAUACCGUCAUUGACCAAUGGUGUAUGGUGGAUCAGAGUUACAUGAGUGGCAUCGCUCACUAGUGUUGUAUCUAGUAAGGGGACAUUAAUUCUAUCUCAAUUUUGAGGAAUUCAUUAAAAUCCAAUAGUACGAUAUAGCUUAGAAUCCGAUAGAGUUAUUAAGAUCCCAUAGAAAGUUUCGUCAACAUUACUCCUGUAAAGUUUGUCAAAUGCCGGUGCACUCUGCUGAACACCUCUGCAAAAUUCUGUCACAGAUAACAGAUCUAAUAUAUACCCUGCUAUUACUUUUCACUACUGGGUGUCAGUAUUUACCUACAUAGAGCCCUACCUCAACUGUUGCUUUAGGUAAGUUGAAGAAAAUUAGUGUAUGCCUUGCUGCUGCAAACCUCUUCAGUAAACAGAAUCAUAGUUUAUCCACCUGUCCUUCAUUUAAUGAUUCACUGCAGUUUAGCUGUUUGAUGAAGAAUAAUUGAAUUGAUUUAAGAUUGAUGCACUAUAAGAAAUUCACUGAAGGCCAUUUGGAGUUUAAAUGUAAAUCCAGUAAAAUAAAACUCAACAUUCAUUAACUUGUUAAAGUAAAUUAAGGUAAAGGAAAUCGGCAGCAGAAGUGUACACUCCAUAAGGGUAGUUAGUAUAGGGGGUGUAUAGUAGCUUUAUACUGUAAAGUCUUUAGGUUCUUCCAAAGUGAUGAGUAAGCCGGUCUUGGUGGAGCACCACCACCCGAUUCUGCUUAACCAGUUGCACCAUAUACACAAUGUCAGACCGUUUUUCAAGCACAGUACAAGACCCAACGCUUGGGAGAUAGGCCCUUUUUCUGCUCAGUGGUAAACACCCAUACCUGUGCACCAGGGGCAAAGUCCUCCCCCCUGCGGCCAGUGUCAUUAGCCUGCUUUUGUCAAGCUCCGGCAUCUAAGAGGGCCUGCCGAGUCAACUGUGUGUAAUAGUUCGCUCCAUAAUGCUUUGCGAGUGCACUUGCAUUUAAUUCAUGUAGAAGUGUAAAGUGAGUUACUGUUAUUAUUUUGUCCGUGUUUCAUUGAUGUUUGAUACUUCAGUCUAGCCGCACUUCUGUUACUGCCUGUUUCAUGUCAUAGUAUAAGCCCUUCCCGCUGAUUAAAAGUAAUUGAAUUCUGA